AACAAAUGCUUCAUUUUAUUUAUAUUUAUAUAUUUAUAUUUAUAUUUAUAUUUAUAUUUAUUCAUCCAGAGAGAGAGAAAGUGAAGACCUUUUUUAGAUCUGCUGUGUGUUUGCUUGUGAGCUUUCAAACCUCAUUCUUAAAUACUUUCACAGGCUCUUCAUUAACAAAUCUUUCAUCUUUCAAUUAGCCCACUAAACCCCUGAAAAUUUCACUUCACAAAUGUGAAUUUCGAGUGAAAAAGAUUCAAAAUGUUCAAGUCUGCAAGAUGGAGGAGUGAUAAAAGCAAGAUCAAAGCUGUGUUCAAGCUGCAGUUUCAUGCAACCCAGUUAGCAGCAGUUGGAGGAGAUUCUUUGACAAUAGCUGUGAUUCCUAAUGAUGUUGGAAAGCCAACAGCAAGAUUAGAGAAAACAAAAGUUAAAGAUGGAAGUUGCCACUGGGAAAAACCGCAUUUCGAAACUGUGAAGUUCACUCAGGAUCAAAAAACCGGAAAGAUCAACGAGAAACUAUAUCGUUUUGUUGUCGCAACGGGUUCUUCGGUUUUUGGAAUUGUUGGAGAAGUUUCGCUUGAUUUUUCGAAGUAUAGCGAGGCUACAAAGCUUUCUUCUCUUUCUCUGCCUCUCAAAUAUGCAAGAUCCACGAGUGUAUUGCAUAUAUCAAUUCAAAGGGUGCAAGAUCAAAGGGAGGUCAACGAAAGUGACAUUGUGAAUGAAGAUAAUAACAGUUUGACGGUACAUUCUAGUAACGGUGAUAUAGAAGGAAGCCUGCAAAAUGAUUCUGUUGAAGAUCACGCGGUCUUGACCGAUAACAAUGUUAGAGAUCACGCUGCAUCCAGUGUAUCCGAUAUCACACUUUCAGGUUCAGAUAGCAGCUCUGGACUCGACACUCCACGACAACCCGAACCUACGGACACAAAACCGGCUCAUGAAGCCUCUAAACCACCGAUCUACGAGGGACAUCAUAAAUCAUCACAAUGGGAUUGGUUAGAUGGUUCGGUUCACGAGUUAAGUACAGAUGAUUCCUCUAUGUUAAGUCCAAGGGAGACCCUUUCAAGAGAGAUAUCUGAUGAGGGUUCUGGUUCUCCAGAUGAUGUCAUCAAAAAGCUUAAGGGCGAACUCGUGAUUUUGGCUCGGCAAGCUGAGGUCUCGGAAAUGGAGAUACAAACGCUUCGGAAACAAAUCGUGAAAGAGAGCAAACGGAGUCAGGAUCUUUCGAAAGAAGUUGUUGCGCUUAAGGAAGAGAGAAAUGAAUUGAAGGAAGAGUGUGAAAAGAUGAAAGUCAAAGUCAAAGUCAAGAGUAGUUUGUCGACGGAGGGAGGGGAUCCGUGGGCUCUUGCCGAUGAGCUGAGACAAGAACUGAAUUACGAAAAGGAUUUGAAUUCGAAUCUCCGGUUACAACUUCAGAAAACACAAGAAUCAAACGCAGAGUUGAUUCUUGCGGUUCGGGACUUAGAUGAGAUGCUCGAGUCAAAGUCAAAAUGUGCUACUGCGCCGAAGUUGCAAGAAGUCAACGCCAAAUCCGACACGGACGACGAAGAUCAAAAGGCGUUAGAAGAUAUCGUUAGAGAACAUAGUGGCAUGAAAGAUGCGUAUAUACAAGAGCAAAAGAUUAUCGAUCUUUAUAACGAAAUAGAAUUAUACAAACGAGAUAAAGACGAGCUAGAGAUGCAAAUGGAGCAGAUCGCUCUCGAUUACGAGAUUUUAAAGCAGGAAAAUCAUGAUUUGUCUUACAAACUGGAACAAAGUCAAAUUCAGGAACAGUUAAAGAUGCAAUACGAAUGUUCAACGUCUUAUGCCGAUGUAAACGAACUCGAAUCGCAGAUUGAAAACUUACACAACGAGCUCAAGUUAAAAUCCAAAGAAUUAUCAGAAUCGACUCUUGCGGUUAAAGAAUUGGAAACGCAAAUCAAGAAUUUGGAAGAACAAUUUGGUACACAAGCAGACGGGUUUGAGGCGGAUAUGGAAGAUUUAAUACGUGCGAAAGUCGAGCAAGAACAAAGAGCGAUUCAUGCAGAGGAGAAUAUAAGAAAAGUCAAACUUCAAAACGCUCAUACCGCUGGAAAACUUCAAGAGGAAUUCAGAAAAUUAUCGAUAGAAAUGGCAUCGGCUUUUCGAGAAAAUGAAAAUGCAGCGAUGAAAGCCAUUGAUGAAGCCAGUCGACUCAGGGUAGAGAAAAAACAUCUUGAAGAGACGAUCAAGAAAGUCAAAAAAGAGUUUGACCAUCUCGGGAGCCAAUACGAAGACAAAUUGGCUGAUCUAACAAGCGAAAUAACUCUAAAGUCGAAACAAUUAGGAGAAAUGGAGAAACAGAUUGAGAACUUAUCUCAUGAGCUUACACAUCAAAAAACUAGUUAUAACGCCAUGAUUGAGGAUCUCGAUGGUGAAAUAAACGACCGUGAAACCGAGAUCCGUUUGGUAAAGGUGGAUCUCGAGAGUUUAGAAAACGAGCUUAGGGAUUUGAAAAACGCUAAAAAUGAUAAGGAUAAUGAAGUCGAAAGGCUGCAAUCGGAGAUAGAACGGCUGAAAUCCAGAUGUAACGACAUGAAACAGUUCUGUAAAGAGAAUGAAUCGGAGAAAGAAAAUUUGAAAAAACAGGUGUCUCAACUAAAAGGUGAUCUCAAGAAGAAAGAUGAAGCUAUUAGUAGUAUUGAGAAAAGGCUUAAGGAGGGAAGCAAACCGCCUCCGAGAAAUAAUAAAACCGUCCCGGUUUCUCGCAGCCCGAAAGAGGUCAACAAUAUGAAAGAAAAAGUCAAACAACUCGAGGGCCAAAUAAACCUCAAGGAAAUAGCGUUAGAACGCGCCGAAGCUUCAUUUCUGGAGAAAGAGAAAGAUCUUAAACAUAGAAUUGAAGACUUGGAAAGACGAUUAGAGGUUCUUGAUCAAAACAUCAAGAAUCCACAGGCAUCUACAGCUCAAAAUCGUAAUGAUGCCGAGAUUAAGAAGGCGGGAGAUCAAGAAAUCUUUGAAUUACUAAAUAAAAACAAGUGUAUGGAAGUAGAAUUGAAGGAAAUGCAAGAAAGAUAUUCAGAAAUAAGUCUAAAGUUUGCAGAGGUGGAGGGUGAAAGGCAACAACUUGUAAUGACUCUUAGAAACCUCAAGAACUCUAAGUUGAUGGUACAAACAUAAUGGGAAAUAUGUAAAUUGGGUUUUCUUUUUUUCUGUUUUUCUUUUUCUUAUGUAUUUUAUUUUAUUUUUUUGUUGGGUUUCUUGAGGAUGUUACAUGUACCUUGUAGAUUAGCAUGCUAAUCCUCUUAAUAAUUAUAAUCUAUGAUUUUUUUUCCUA